AUUUAUGAGUUUACGAGGAGACCAUGAAGGCAGCAUGUCAAACACACGCAUACACACACACACACACCCUCCCCUGCUUGAAGCUCCGCUAUCUUUAGCCCUGCCACGGAUUACAGUGCGCAGUGUGUGGACAGUCCACGUCCCUGGUGUCACCUGCUCAGCCAGUCGCUGUGAAUACUUUUCGCUGAAGCUCGCUCGCUCGCAGAAAAACAAAAACAAAAAACAUCAAAACAAAAGUGAUGGGGGAAUGACAACAAAUUCCCCGUCUCCGGUUCUCCGUCCCCGAGAAAGACCCCAAGGAUGCUGUCGCUCUCCAGCCCGCGGAACGGACGCCUGCGCCGGGCCUCGCUGCUGUUGCUGGCCGCGGUCCUGCUCUGUGUCAUCCCCGCCACUGCUAGCCUCCCAGCUGGCAGUAAGUGCCCUCUCCAUAUAGACUGUGCCAAAGAGGGACGCCACUUCUGCAAGCCUGGCUCCUCCCACUGUGGCCCCUGCCUCUCCCCAUUGGAAGAGAACGAGGAAGGACGCUGUGUAGUGAGGAAGAGGCACCAUCAGCAUGGCAAAAAUACAUUCUACCCUGACUUGGAUGAAGAGAUCGAUUAUCUUCACUCAUACAUCGAAAAACAGGAAGUGGCGGAGAUCAAACACCCACAGAAGCAAUCCAAACAUCCUGCUGCCAUCGCCUCCCAGAUAGAUGUUAAAAAAGGCAAGACAGAUGCCUCCAAACACAAACUGAAAACCCCGCAUGCCACCACUACAGCCCCCCGCCCUGCAGUUUCUGCUCUUCUUAACACACCGACCCCCCAGCCCAGGGCCACGGGACUUCAGGGCCGAGAUGGUCCUAUAGUUGUGCCAGCGCACAAGAAUGACAGCAUUAUUAUCAUUAUCAUCUCAGUGUGUGUCGUGGUGGGCGCUGUGGCAGUGAUCCUGGCAACUGUCUGUUUCAUCAAGUUGCAGAAAGAAUCGCAUCUAGCUCAGAAGGUGGACUACCCUGCUUAUGGAGGGACGGGCGCGUCUGCUGCAACACCUAAUGGCAGCUCGAUGGGAGAUAAGACUCUGGCCCAAAGUGCUCAGAUGUAUCACUAUCAACAUCAAAAACAGCAGAUGCUCUCGAUGGGAAAUCACAAGCCUGAACAAAAAGUCGUUGAUACCGAGGUCACUUCAGAUGAGGAAGAAGUGGGAGGAGACUUUACAGUAUACGAGUGCCCAGGACUUGCACCGACUGGGGAAAUGGAAGUGAAGAACCCUUUGUUUGAUGACUCAACCAUACCUUAUCAGGGGAACCAAAAGUGAAUGCUGAACACUUUACACACACAUACGUACACACGCACACACACACACAAGCCAUUUCUCUUGAAGAAACCACUCUGUCUCACACUGCAUGCAUAGAAAUGGAGGACCCCGGCAGAGGACAAAGUGAUGAAAAAAUGAUUGUUUUCUUCUUUAACUAAUUCUGCCCUGAGUGCGGCUUUUAAUACUACACGUGUAUGUUCCUUGUUAAUUUAUUUCUUUCACAGUUUUGGAGCAUUACUGUCUUUAAGAGUCCUGCUAAUUUUGUCCCUCUAGGUGUUUUGUCCUGAUUAAAUGUUACACUCUAAGUUAAGAUUUUCUCCUCCACUCUUGUUAUUUUCCUUCAUUUCUGCAGCUACUUCCAAAGAAUGUCACACAAAAAAAAGCAGACAUAUGUACAACACAGACACAUGAAUACACAUACAUAAGCUGGGAAACAGUUGCCCUCUCUUUUUUUGUCAUGCAUAGCUAGGAGCUAAACCACAUUCCUAACAGAUACCCAAGAACUAUUUAAUUGAUCAGAUCCCUGUGAUUACCUCUGUGAAGAAAACAAACUCCUUAACACAACACAAGGAUUAGCAUUGAAAAUGUUACCAUUGGUGUUGCUCAUUUUAUUUCUUGUCAUAUAAGCUGCACAUAAAGAUUUUAAGACUAUAGAGUAUAAAUAUAUAUGAAGUAUAUGAAUUGAAGUACAGUACUUGAUGAUGUCUGUUGCAUGGUUUGACUGUACUGUGUUUGAAUCAUGGCGAUGCUUUGAUCAAUUAUUCUGCCUCCCGUAUGUAUGCAUCCUGUUGCUGGAGGAGGAUUGACUUCCUCGCACUUGAAUGAAAUUUGAGAGACAUACUGACAUUUACUGGCAGAUGUGUAGGUGGUUAAUUUGACCAUUCUGUAUCAACCCCUUUCCUCUCCACCCUCUUGUUGGCCCCAAGCUAACCUUGUGCUGCAAAAUGUACAUACAAAGUGAAAGUGUUCACUUUUUAUAGAUAUUUGUACAUGCAGACCAAGGAUUGGAAAUAAAACUUUUUACCACAUCUGAAAA